GUCUACCUAAUGACACCUCUAAAAAAUCCAGGCAGUGUUGUCGAAAAUCUUUAUAGUGAAGCUCAUGUGCAAUGUAGUAGAAACAUUAAUUGGUGUUUGGAAACGUAGUCAGUGUCGAUUAGAUAAUGCUUUAACUACAACUGUUGCCACUGCUGUGGUAGUAAAAUACGGCCGUGAAUAUGCUGGAGGAUUUGCCUCCCUAUCCAGAAGAACUCAAUGGUCAAGAGCUGGAUUAUCUAAUUUUACAAGGAGACAUUCCUCAUGUACAUGCAGCGAAUGUUGGUCAAGAUCCAUUUAAUUUUAGCCAAAAUCUGAUAGAUAACUAUUCUUGAACAUAUAGAAACUGACACAUUUCAAAUUUUUUUGACAGAAUCUACAAAUUUGCAAUAUUGCCACGUUUUGUUCA